AUUGAUUCCGUCGUGCUCUCUCUUCAUCAUUGGUCCAGUGAGUAGUCGUCGUCGCCAUCGGCGUCACACAUGUGGGAACCUCUACCCUUGAUCGUCUACGGACAUGCGGUGCAUCCUCUAAGUCCCUCCCGUCGCGACACACGAUGGUCUAGUCGAAAUCGCGACCGUCUCUCCGUCGUUACCGAGGCUUCCUCCGACGACCAGCUCGUCUACCGCGAUGUCGUUGCAUUGGAAGUUGGAGACGAAGUCUACGCUUUUGAAAAGUAUGUGCCCAAAGGGAGAGAGGUUGAAGGUACUUGGUAUAGAGGGUAUGUCGUGUGUACGACUCGCAGACCGCCUGUUACCUGGGCUGUCUCCGGCGACUCCUCACUGACCAAGUCACCCCCCAAAUCUGAGGAACCACAACAAGUCUUCAUUGGCAUCUUUCCCGCCUCCCAUAUUUUCCUUCGUGACGAGCUUUCUGAUGCAGAAGGUCGCCUGCACGACUAUGUCACCUCAGUAAACGGUUCCGCGACCAGCAAUGGUAUCGGUCAUUUUAAGCAAGCUUCAAGCUCGACCGAAACGUUUUCUCAAUGGGCCAAAGACAAGGGUGGCUCCAGUAUGCAUACACUGAGGGAGGAAGAUGAAGAUUUUGACCGUCUCACCACGGCUAGUAGACGCUCCUUCAGGCUUGGUCCACCUCCUGAGCAGGCGAGCUCUUUGCGCGCCGGUUUACCAGUUUAUUCCAAUAGCCUUCGCUCGUCGUCGCCUGCAGAUUCUCAGUUGAUGAAACCACUACCUCCCCGUCCGUCUCUUAAAUCUGGAGACGACACUGCAUCAGGUGCAGCUCAGCCAAUAAUCGACGAAAUUGCUUCAGCUCUUCGCGAAUGGCACACCCUGAUGUUCCAGUAUCUUGCCCGGAGAGACUACAAAUUAUUCCACAUAGUUAAAGGCCACAUUGAGGCACUCCAUCUCGGGCGACUACAACUUUUAGCUGAAACGCUAAGCGCUGAAGAAACAGUUAACAUGCGGCGUGACUGUGUUACCAGACUGGUCAGCGGUAACCUCGUGCAAAGAUUGGAUGUCAUUGUGCGACAUCCGUCUUGGGGGGGCCUGGUCACAGUUGACGUUGAAGGUGAUGUAGACGAAAGAAGUUGGGUUAGUGCCGUUCGAAUGUUCGCAAUGCAGAGCUCCCUUGCAUAUCUCGAUGUCUCGGUAGAUGAAUCCCUGUCGCCGCGGCCUUAUCUUGUCGGUUCAAGUAUGGAUUACCUGUCCUCGGCACCAUUGCCCACCCCAGCCCACUCCGCAUUUUCCGAUUCCACCUAUCCCCGUAACCAAAAUCGUAUUCGCCCUUCGGGUUAUUUGAGUCCACCGAUCGAUUCUAGCCCCGACACGGCCAAGUUCUAUCAUGUCUUCCUAGACCUGAGAGCAUUUGUUGCCUCCCCGUGUGCCCCUGGUGAAACAGCCGAACUAUUCUUCUCCCUCUAUAGACACAAAGACAAUCAAUUCAUAACUGAAGAAUUUUGCACCAUCCUGAACCACAAUGGAGUUUCCGCUCGCUAUCCAUCUAACCGUAUCCGCACUUUGUUCAUCGACUUGGCACAUUCAGACAUCCAGGAUCCCACAUAUCUUGUGUGUCGUAUUAUUCGAAAUGGCUCUUUGAAGAUAGGAAACGGUUUGAACUCAACUACAUCUCUAGAAGGGAGGCGAGGGUCAGAGGCGUCAGUAAGGACAGAUGCUGGCGCUUCGACAGGAUGGAUCGAUAAUAAUGGUACACAACUGCGUGCUCCGACAGACAUUUUGGGUCAAUUUCGACGACCGUUUGGCUGUGCCAUACUGGAGCUAACGCAACUGGGUCAGAUAGCUACAGAGGGAGGCAGUGUAUCUGCCAUGAGAGAGUACAGCAUGCCGAUCUAUGUGCCCACAAAUGAGGUUGCGUUCUCCAUGAUACAUCAAAAUAUCAUCAACAAUGCGGCCAAGAAAUUUGAGAAAUCUUCCCGGGCGGAAAUGUUGGCUGUCUCGGUCAAAGCGUUUCGUGGAGAUACUAUCACCGUCGUGAAAGAAAAUACUUCCCUUCUCCAAGAUAUUCCUCAAACCCUUCGCCUUGGCUUCCCUGACGUCGUGUUUCCUGGCGAUGUUCGAAAUGAACUCUACGUCAAGUUGUGGUCAGGAGACUUCAUGUCAAUGAAUGGGGCUUCUGGACGGAUCAGUGUAUCGAGCUUCACACGUAGCCCUUUGGCUUCUGCCUCCAGUAACGUCCAAGUCACAGUCGAAGUCAGGGACCAAGAUGGCAGAACUGUGGAAUCAGUUAUAUCUCAAGGAAGCGGGGAGCCUCUUGUGACACACUUCCAUUCGAUGGUUUUUCAGAGAUGCAGCGAACCCACAUUUGGAGAACUCAUCAAAAUUCGAUUGCCUCUUAGCGGUAUUCCACAGUGGCAUCUCUUUUUUACUUUCAGGAACCGUUCUGGCCGAGAAAGAGGAAAUUGGGCGACGCCCGAAUCGGAUCGUCCAUUUGCGUUCGCCUUCCAACAGCUUUUCCCUGAUACCCGCGCAUUUGUUGAAGACGGGAGUCACAGGCUGAUCAUGUACAAAGCGGACAAACUUGGAACGCUCAGCCCCGAUAUAUAUCUGAACGCACCUUCAUCCCUACCUGGUGGUCAGAAGUUAGAUCAACUCGUCUUUCCAGAGAUGCUCCGCGUCGCUCCUCCGACGAGGGACACGUUAACCGUCCGCACAUCGUUAUGCUCCACCAAAUUUACCCAAAACCCAGUUCUAUUGAGCCUUCUCAACUGGGAAAAGGUCGCAGAUCAAGGAUUUCUAUCGACAGUCCUCACCAAAUUCACAUUUGUUGGGGAAGGCGAAAUAGUAAAAUUCCUUCCCGACAUUUUCGACUCUUUAUUUGGUAUCAUGGUCUCUCCUAAUAACCAGGCCUGCGAAAUGGAUCCUCUGGUCUUCAAUGCACUGGUCACCGUUUUAGGCAUUGUACAAGACCGCCGGUUCAGCAAUUUCCAGCCGGUUUUGGACGUUUAUAUCGAAAAACAUUUCAACUGUGCAUUGGCGUCAUCGCAUAUGAUCCAAUCCAUGAAUCGUCUUCUCGCCAAUCCUACAUCCACAGAAACUGCAUCUCCACUUCGAGCAGCAUUGAAGGUUUGGCACUAUGUCAUGAAAUUCAUAGCUAAGUCAAGAGAGCUGCAGAAGGCAAAGGAGCUUGGCGUCGGAGGUGGAGUAACCGCGGAACAUCUCGAGGCUACUUUUAAGCGUGAACUUCGGUCCCACUUGACGGAGGUUACCCGUUUAAUGUCGACAUCUUCACCCCUGUCAAUCGUUGGAACCCAAACAAUUGCCCUGCAGCAUUUCACAUCGAUCCUCCCUGAACUGGCCAAGAUAUUCUCCAUUGUUGACUUGGUAUCCAUUGUAACGACCUUCGCCACAAAUGCGGCCACUGCAGCGAGGGGCAAGAUAGUCGUUUGGAAGCUUAUUAUGUACCUUCAAAUCGUGAAGGGCUUCCUUUUUGACAACCCGCAGUCUCGACCGCUACUUGUGGAAGCUGUCGUACAGUGGAUCAGGCCUCACUUUGGUCGAUACGAUGAGUAUGCUCAGACGCAAGGCGCUGAUUCAGAGGGCGCUCGCGAUUCCGCGCGCGUGGCUUGGUUGGAAAACAUUCGGUUGUGUGUCGCAAUCAUUGCUGUGAUGUUGGACAAGCUCCAGACGAGUCUGGUGUCUCCAUCGGUCAUCGAAGAUCAGCCCAGGUUACGCAUGGAACAAGAAAAUGUGGAAAAUCUCCUUCCCCUUCUACCAAGGUUACUUGACUCUUACCGAGAAUUUCAAAGUUCAGAGGCCGCGAAAGCCUUGGAGCGUACUCGAUCGCCAAAAACGGCCCUUCCUGUCAUUUUCCCAGAGUCCUACCCAUUCUCGUUGCUAUCCUACCUUCCAAGCUUGUCCCGGAGCUCGUUGAGGACGGGAAAAUCUGAUGAAGUCUUCAAUGCUGGUUUGGGCGAGACAGCCAUCGUCUUUCUAGUUCUUGCUUUGUCAUCGCCCUCGAAGCAUAUUCUUGGCUUUCUAGAGUCGAGUCUUGACAUUGAAGGACAGGAUCGUUUUGUCGCAUUGAUGUCACAGUUUUUUAAGGUGGCUACCUCGAUUCUAGGAAAUGAUGCAUUCCCGAAGUCUUGGCUGAAUGUCAAUAUCAUGGCGCACAAGGUUCUGGUUAAAAUGAUGGUUCCUAUUUCAACUAUCCUGGAGAAAGAGUUUAUCCCGCCUCAGGAUUCAGAAGCUCGAUUCGAUGCUCGGCUGUGGCGCGAAGCUUUCUUCAUGCUUCUGAAGUUGCUAUCUUCUGAUCAAUUGGUUAUCGAAGACUUUAGCCCUCAGAAACGGCGCGCAGUAUGGCGAUUAGCCGGUGAUAUCCGAGGUGAAGGAGCUUCUAUCAUGCUGUCGCUAUGGCAAGCGUUAGGUUGGGCGGAGCAACUUACUAAUACUGGCGAACCUGUUGCCCGUUACGGGGGAUAUCAAGUAUAUCUCAACGCUCUUGUUGGUCAUGUUGUCAACCUUUGUCUUAGCCACCACGAACAGCUUAGGAACAAUGCCGUUCAUAUGCUAUACUGCAUGAUUGUUUCGGAAUACCACCAGGCCGGCAAUUUCGAUGAAAUCGAAAUCGAACUUGUAACGAGACUGGAUUCUCUGUUCAUGUCUGAUAGCAAAGGCGAUGACAUCUCCGGCGGUUUCUUCGUCACUCAACUCAGGCAUAUGUUCGAAAACUCGGACGUUGAUGAAAGUUUGCGGGAGCGCGUUGCAACAUUUUUGGAUUCCGUAGAUCUCUUCUUGGAACUACUACUGAGCCUUCGUGCACUUCCAGAAGGAGAGGAGUUCGCAGACGAACGCGUCAUUGCCACUCUGCGGUUGAUGAACUUCAUUCGACGAAUUGGGAGGGACGAGAUUUAUAUCAAAUACGUGCAUCAGCUUGUCAAUAUGCAUCUGCAAUCCCAAAAUUACGUUGAGGCUGCAUUAACAUUGAAACUGCACUCUGACCUCCAUCAAUGGGACUUGAAUACUUUUGUCAAUGCAAUGGAUGACUUAGGUCUUCCGCAGCAGUCUCAGUUCCACCGAAAGGAGACUCUUUGUUUGCUGAUUUUAGACUAUUUGGGUAAAGGGAAGGCGUGGGAGCGGGCUGUUGACAUCUGCAAGGAGCUUGCUUACCAGCAUGCUGAGGUCACAUUUAACUACGGUCGUCUGUCCGAGAUUCUUCGCCACCAAGCGACACUUCUCGAACACAUUAUUACAGAGCAGCGAUAUUAUUCCGACUACUAUCUGGUAACAUUUUAUGGUAAAUUUCCCGCUGCAAUCCGGGACAAACGUUUCAUCUAUCGCGGAUACGAAUGGGAGAAAUAUGGUGCAUUUUGUGAACGAAUGCUCAACAAACAUUCAGGAGCGCAACUGCUUAAAAUCAUUGGCGAUCCUCCGGUCGACAUCCGUUUUGGCACGGAUCAGUAUAUCCAGUGCACAGCAGUAACACCAGAGCCUGAUCGAACACUGCCUAUCUUCACAAAUCCUGACGUGCCGACCGCAGUCCGUGAGUACUAUGAACACAGUGCGAUCAACUUCUUCAGUACAUCGCGACAAGUCAAGAAGCUUGGGCGAGACGGGUCUGACGAAGUUUGGGUGGAAAAGACCUACUUCACAACAGAGGAGACUUUCCCAACCGUUUUACGCCGUUCCCAGGUCAUCGGAUUGGAGAUUGUUGAGCUCUCUCCUGUUGAGAACGCUUUGACUGAGGUCGAGAUCAAGACCAAAGAUCUUGCGGUGCUCAGGAUUCGUUAUGAAUCCCUUGCUAAGACUGCUCAGUCCGUAUCGACCAACGCGCUGUCAAUGGCACUUAACAGUGCCGUGGAUGCACCCCUAAACACAGGUGUAGCAUCAUACCGCCAGAUGUUCUUCAACGGGGACUACGUCGCACGCAAUCCUGAUCGAGCGGAGGUGGUCGAACGUCUCAGAGUCGCUAUAGAUGAGGAGGUCCGUACGAUUGAUGCGUGCCUCAAGCUCCAUGGUCACUUAUGUCCUUCUGAAUUCUAUCCAUUCCACGAAACACUAGAGAAGUUUUUUAGGAAAAACUUCCGGGAGGAGAUUCGACGGUUAGGAAUCGAUGAAACGAGUACACUUCCCACUUCCUCUGUGUAUGAGCAAUCGGUCAUAAGAUCGAUGUCUUCGACUUCGACGAGGCGUGCACCGAUCAUCCCUCCCAUUUCACUGCCUUUCAAGCGUAAGACGUCGUCCCCCCCGCCCAUCUCACCAGUAGAUGGAAUACCAGGUGUGCCACGGCAGACACUGCUUCAACGGCACCUCGCACAUUUGGCGCGGCAUGGGAUUAAUGGGGUGGCCUCAUCGCCAGGGGAUAUGGGCGGGGGCAUGACGGGCGGAAGCGACUCAGUAAGUGUCGAAUCCCCCGAUACAUCACUUGUCAACGUCAACAGCGGGACUGCAGAGCCCUCGGGGUCGUCCGUAAUGACAUCCCUAGGCUCUCUGGGUUCCCUCAAGGGUCGCUUUUCGCGUUUCGGGAGUCUUAGCUUUGCUAGGCGUGGUGCUUCUCAUUCAUAGUUAUAUUUGUUUGCGGAUUUCUUUGAUCUUUGUAAAGUAGUUCAUGUAAUGUGUGUGUGUGUCUUUGUUCAUUAUAUCAUAUGUAAGCUCUCUGCGAUAUAUGCGACUAGAUAUAUGGUGCAGUGUAGAUCAACUUCUGUUUCCUCUGCCGCCC